UAAAUCCCUUGAAGAAGUGGACGCAAUCGAUGCAAAUAAUCUGAUAAGGCAGCGAAGCGAACUCAUCAGUCAUCGUCCCCAAAACCAAACCCUCAUCACCGUCGGCUUCUGAGGAGGAGGCGGCGACGACAGCGGCGAAGAAUCGAGCAAGGUGAUGACUUUCUGCUUCUCUCCAGCAGCUCCUUCCUUUGCCCAACUCCACUCCUCCUCUUCCUUCCCUCUACCUCUCGCUUCCUCGACCUCAUGCAGGAGUAAAAGGAAAAGCUUCAUUCCGUCCCACCCCCUUUCCUUUCCCCACUUCCUUCAUCUCCAUCGGCAUCUCCACAAGCCACUCAGCGUCUCCCUAGAAGACCACCAUAUCUCCUCUCCUCCUUCUCCUCCAUCUUCGCAUCCAUCGCCCUUCAAGAACUCCAUCUGGGUCAACCCCAACAGCCCUCGCGCCUCCCGCCUCCGCCAGCGCUCCUCCGAUUCCCGCUACGCCCGCCUUGCCCUCCUCGCUGCCUCCCUAGACUCCUCCGACCCUACCGAUCCUUCCAUCUCCGCCGUCCUUGCCUCCUUCGGCAGCGCAGCAACCGUGCAGGACGCCGUCAUCGUCCUUAACAGCAUGUCCAACUCCCAUAAUGCCGUUCUUGCUCUUCGUUGGUUCCAGCGCAAGAUCGACAGGGAGGUAGUUCUCUACAACGUCACGCUUAAGGUUCUUAGAAAGUCCAAGGACUUGGUGGGCGCGGAGGGCCUCUGGGGGGAGAUGCUGGAAAAAGGAAUUAAGCCGGAUAACGUGACAUUCACAACUAUGAUAAGCUGUGCCAGGUUCUGCAACAAGCCCGAAAAAGCAGUCGAGUGGUUUGAGAAAAUGCCCGAGUUUGGAUGCCACCCAGAUGAUAUCACCUACUCGGCCAUGAUUGAUGCUUAUGGUCGGUUGAAUAAUGUGGAGAUGGCUCUUGAAUUGUACGACCGUGCUCGUGCAGAAAAGUGGCGGCUUGAUCCUGUGACUUUUGCGACUGUGAUUAGGGUAUAUGGCAUUUCAGGUAAUUUUGAUGGGGCGCUGAAUGUGUACGAAGAGAUGAAGGCCCUUGGUGCUAAGCCUAAUUUGGUUAUUUACAAUACGUUGUUGGAUGCCAUGGGCAGGGCCAGAAGACCAUGGCAAGUCAAGACUAUUUACCGUGAAAUGUGUAGCAAGGGGUUGGCUCCUAACAGAGCAACAUACUCAGCUCUUCUGCGAGCAUAUGCUAAAGCUAGAUAUGCUGAAGAUGCGCUUGACGUGUAUAGGCAGAUGAGGAAGGAAAUGGAGCUUGAUAUUAUCUUGUACAACAUGCUUUUGUCAAUGUGCGCUGAUGUUGGUUCAGUUGAUGAAGCAGUGAAAAUUUUUAAUGAAAUGAAGGAGCUAUCAAAUGCCUGCAAACCAGAUAGUUGGAGUUACUCGGCUAUGAUAACUGCAUACUCGUGCAGUGGAAAAGUUUCUGAGGCUGAAAGCAUGUUGAAUGAAAUGUCAGAAGCUGGGUAUCAGCCAAAUAUUUUUGUGCUUACAUCUCUAAUCCAGUGCUAUGGCAAAGCUGGAAGAACUGAUAGCAUUGUUAAAGCAUUUGACAAACUUCUAGGUUGGGGGAUCAAACCUGAUGAUAGGUUAUGUGGCUGUCUCCUGAAUGUGGUAGCUCAGACGGCAACAGAAGAACUUGGGAAGAUUAUUGGUUGUAUUGAAAGAGGAAAUACUCAGCUGGGUUCUUUAGUAAAUUUGCUGGUUGACGAGGCUUGUGACAAUGAUACAGUUAGACAAGAAGCUGUACUACUCUUCCAUAACGUGAGUAGUGAAGUAAAAAGAGCUUAUAGUAAUUGUUUGAUAGAUCUCUGUGUAAACCUCAACCAUUUGGAAAGAGCGUGUGUGCUUCUCGACCUGGCAAUUCAACUUGAGAUAUAUACAGAUCUUCAAUCUCGAUCUGCUACACAGUGGUCCUUAUAUGUGAAGGGUCUCUCACAUGGAGCUGCUCUAACUGCAUUACAUGUUUGGAUGAAUGAUCUAGCCAAAUCCUUACAGAAUGGAGAAAACUUGCCUCCAUUACUUGGUAUCUUCACAGGGCAUGGAAAACAUAAAUAUUCAGAAAAAGGGUUAGCAUCUGUUUUCCAGUCUCACUUGAGAGAAAUCUGUGCACCAUUUCAUGAAGCACCAGACAAGGCUGGAUGGUUUCUAACCACACAACUUGCGGCUGAAUCAUGGUUGGAGUCAAGAAACUCAUCUUACAAAGUUGCUGCUUAGGAUACACGGGCCUGUUUGACAUCCUAUUAAGUGACGAAGAUCUUUGGAAGAAGCCUUGCACCCUCACCUCACCUUGCAGAGAUGGAGAAGAGAACAAUGCAUUUUAAAUUGGGGAAACAAAAGAUUGUAAUUGGUUGUACAUGAGGUCGAGGAAACCUCACUGUUGAGGAUUGUUGACCUGUUCUGUAUGCUAUUCCCAGCAGAAUGAUAUGUUCUUUGCCAAAUGACACAUAAUGAUUCUUCAAAUAAAGAUCUUGUUGACAACUAAAAGAAGGUGAGAAUGGAGAUCACUGCAAAAUUGACAGAGGUGUAGUGCGGAUCUUCCAACAGAUGACUCAACCUUGCUUCAUGCAUCUCCAUUUUAUGUUUGUGGAUAUCCCAUCUUCAACUCUAAAGCACCCUUGCUUUGUCUAUUCUUUUGCAACUUUAUCAAUUUUUUCUACUAGCUCAUAUAUCUUAACUUAUAAUCUGGUGGUCUGUUUCUGAAAUUUGAUUCAGGAUCUUUACUUAAACAUCCCUCAUGUGAUUUCUGUAAGUGUUCCAUAGCUGAAAGCGCCCCUACUUAUGUUAUAUUGUAUGGUAAUUAUAGAUUUGAUGGGUGUUAUUUUCCCAGGCAUAUUAAUUAUCAAAUGAUUGGCAUGCAUC